AUGGUCACGUCGACGCCUACAAUCUCUAGACAACGCCCUGGCUCGGCCUGUGAGGAGUGUCGACGGCGAAAAGUGCGCUGUGACCGUCGUCGGCCUCAGUGUCAGGUGUGUUUCGAGACCGGGAUCGAGUGCAAGAUCAACACCACCAGAUUGCCCCGGGGACCUCGAAAGGGCCAGUUGCGUACGCUGCGGACAAGAAUCGCUGCUCUAGAGCGCUGCCUCGCAGAUCAGCAUCCCGAGAUCAAUCACCAGAUGGCGAGUCUGUUUGACGGCACGGUACUUGACUGUGACUCGGAGGAUGAUCCCUUCCGGGACCUCACUUCACUGUCUGAUUCAAUCCCGGUCUCAGUGCCUUUUUCGGCUCUCCCUGACCCAGUCUUGGCCCCGAUCCAGUCGCCAAGGACCCCAGAGUCGUUACCACGGUCGACAGGCCUGGUUUCGGAGCUGAUGCGAGCUGAACUUGACCAACUGUAUUUCGAUCGGGUGCACCCGUUUGCGCCUAUCCUCCAGCGCUGGCGCUAUCACGUCUGGGCUCGCCAACCUAAGAAGUCCGACAGCCAGGUCUGUUUACAAUACGCCAUGUGGACGGUGGCAGCCUCUCUGUCUGCCCAGUUUCAGGCACUACGGGAUCAGCUGUACAGCGAGACGCGAAGGAUUCUCGAUUCCUUAGAUCGACCAGAUAGUAUAACAAUGGUCGCCGGGCUGGAAAAGGCUCAGGCAUGGAUUCUAAUCGGGCUCUACGAGUACAUGCAACGGUCGGCUCUCCAGGCCUGGAUGAGCAUAGGAAGAUGCUGCCGACUGGUACUAGGAAUGCGGCUCUAUGAGCUGGACGAUUCCACCAACCCGGUGACGACGGCACGGGAACAGGAAGCUAUAUUGGUGGACUGGAUCGGGCUGGAGGAGCAGCGCCGGACUUUCUGGAUGGCGUAUUCGCUGGAUCGAUUUAUCAGUUUCCACAACGGGCUGCCGUUUACUCUGCAUGAACCCGUGAUCACCACGCGGCUGCCCAGCCCGGAAGAGGAGUUCCAAUGCGGGCAACCAACCCUAACGCCAUACCUACGCGAAGUGAUGAGCCAGCAUCCUCACCUUCACCACCCAGUCCAACCCAAUCUAUACCAAUACCCCCAUCUGCAUGUUCAGCAACAGCAACAUCACCCCCACAUCUACGCGAUCCCUCAUUCCCCGACCUCCCCAACCCACCUGACAAUGGCCUUCCCCCCCGUGGCAGUGGCAACCUCCACCAACCCCACAGCAACAACAACCCCCGUCCUCAACCCCGACCUCAAUAGCCAAGUCACCUAUUCAAACUCAAGCUUCACCGAAUUCAUCCUCCUCGCCACGAUCGUCGGUCGCGCCCUCUCACACCGCCAAGCGCUGGUGGUAGAGCAACCCUUCCAACCAUUCCACCACCCGCCCCUGUCCCCGACAAGCCCCCACACCCCGCUCCCCAACUCGCUCGAAACCUUCUGGAACCGCCACCACGCCCUUCACGCCUACCUCAGCGCCCGCAUCCAGUCUCUGUCGUCCAACCCCCAGGCUCUAGACGACCCAUUGAUCAUGUUCGCGCGCAUCGUCGCGCAGAGCAUGGUACUGUUCCUGCACAACGUCCUCGAGUCCGUCGCGUGGAAGUCCGGCGGCGAUCAACUGCUCGGCAUCAUCGAGGACGAGCGGCUCUGUGUGCUCGCCGCACACGAGGUCGUCGGCCUGGUCAAGGUGCAAGGCCAGUUAGGGUAUUUUAAGGUUAGUUGUGCCCCUUGUUUUUGCGUGUGGUGUCGUUGUCGUAUCACCUUAGCCUUGAGCUGGGUCUGUUGGCCACCCCUGCAUUAUCAUCUGUCUCUUCCUCAAACCACGCAGUGAGAGAUGUUCCUCCUGGAGAUGAUUCAUUGCAUCGCAGCCACACUCCACCCAAAACCCCACGCAGAGCAGAAACCCUGUA